UUAAAGUAGCAGCUAUCGACAUCGACCAACGAGGAAGUGUUUCAACAAGCUGAAACACUGGGGGCCAGUGUUGACAAAAGCAACGUCGAUGACGAUUGACAGGAGGGUGACAGACGUGCGCGUGAAACGAGCCCGAUUUACCAAACCCGAGUGCGCCUGCCGGUAUGCACUCAGGAAGAUGAGUGCUAUGUCGAUGACCGACAGGCGAAGGCGAUGACCGAGGCGAUGAGCGGGCGCGAACGACAAAUCGCAUUUUGUAGCGAAGAAACAUCCGACAGAAGAACACGUUAAAUUUUUUAAUUUUUUGCUUCUGCUCUUAUCCCAAAACAAUUGUAAAAGUGUAAUAAAGAAUAUUAAAAAGCGCGAAUUCGUAGUCGGAUUAUUUGUUGCCCUGUUGCGUUUGCAACAGUACCGAUGUUCUAUUUUUAUUCUGACUGUUUUUUUACUCUGAAAAUAACCUGACAGAAAUGAAUAAAACCUGUUCGAACAUGUUCUGGCCUGUAGCUACUAAUUUCUUGAAUUUGGAUUGUGCAAAGUCAUUACACUUCAGUUGCUUGGUUCUACUCAGUUGAAAUACGGUUCAGUGCCCAUCAUAAUUUCUAGUGAAAUGUUCCGUAUAGUUGAAAGUGAGGAGAGUAGUGAUGAGGAGAUAAAUACUGGAAAGAAAUCAAAAAAUCGCAUAGAGUCAUGCUCGGUCUCCGAUGUUGAGGGAACAUAUUCAAGUGAUGAUCUGGAAGAAAUACUUCAUGGACUGGCUGUGGAUGAAGAAAUAGGAUUGAACAAUGCAACUAACUCGUUGUCAAAUAUCCAAUGGGGUGAAUUUUGCGGCAGGCAAAAAUCUUUUCCUUUCACUGGAAAAAGUGGACUUUUGUUGGAUUUGCCGACGGAUAUCAGUGCAGGUGAAGUGCUGGCGAUUUUCCUGGAUGAAGAUUUAGUAAACCUUGUAGUUGCUGAAACUAAUAGAUACGCAGAACAGAAAUUUGUCGGAUAUACAACCAAUGAAAACUCUACAAAGCAAAGAUGGAAGCCAACCACGUCGGAAGAAAUUAAAAAAUUUAUCGCACUACUGAUUGGAUGGGUUUGGUGCAAACACCGUUGAAGAAGUGUUGGUCAACAGACCCCAUAUAUGAUUUUCCAUUACCGCGCAGAACAAUGUCCCGUAAUCGGUUUGAAGCACUGUUAUCGAAUUUACAUUUCGCCAAUAAUGAAGCUAUAGAAGACAAUGGCAGACUAAGGAAAGUUUUACCACUCGUGGAAAAAUUAACAACUACAUAUCAGAAGGUAUUUUCACCUGGUGCAGACAUUGUUAUUGAUAAGACAAUGGUUCCCUGGAGAGGACGUCUUGUAUUUCGGCAGUACAUUCCAACAAAGUCCCAUAAGUAUGGUAUAAAAUUGUUCAAACUGUGCUCUACAGAAGGAUACACCUGGCCCUUGCAAAUUUAUUCUGGAAAAAAAUCCACCGAAAAAAGGCAAAUUGGUGUAGCGGAAGAAGUUUGUAUCGAACUAACAGAAAAGUUGUUGAAUGAAGGACGCACAUUAUUUGUCGACAAUUUUUAUACUAGUUAUGAACUAGCUCAAAAAUUUUUAAAUUGUAAGACGCACGUAGUUGGAACAGUAAGAUACAACAAAAAAAAUAUGCCAACAGAAGUCAUGUCUUAUCCGUUGAAAAAAGGUGAAAUGGUAGCUAAAGAAGACCAAAAUGGUAUUGUAGUACUGAAAUGGAGAGAUGUUCGCGAUGUUAGAAUGUUGUCAACAAAACAUGAACCCGUCAUGGUUCCAACGACGGAUGCAACAUCCAAAGCUCAAGCUCCAAAAUUGAAACCAUUGGCAGUAAUGGCAUAUAAUAGCCCUGAUUAUCUGAUACAAACGGAAAAGUCUCAAGACAAGCUUGUCAAUUCAAACGGAAAAUAAAAUUGUAUUAUGAAACCAUUCUUGAGACAGACAAGUUUCGUUGAGUUAAUUCUUUCGUUAAACCUUCAAAAUCAAUGUGUCAAAGUGACGAAAUCAACAAAAAGAAAAAAAAAAAAGUAUAAACAUUUGUUCUUAUUGAAAGGAUAGUUUGUGUUGCAGCUGAAAUUUAACAUAGCAAAAUGAUUUUUUCAAAUUAUGUGAGCGAUGAUAGCAGUAGCGAUGAUGAAAGAACGGAAGAUCUCGCUAAACAACGUCGUCUGCUUCGUAGUAUGUUCGAUCCUUUGGAUCUUACCAGUCAAGCGUGAGUUAAGCCCGUGAAACUUUUGUGUAAAACCUUUUUGAUAUGUUCUCGUGGUUGUUCUUUUCAGAUUUAAGAAAAAUUUUCGUGUAUCGAAGAAAAUUUUCCUCGAAAUUCUUCAUGAGAUUGAGCCAAAGUUUCCUUCGGUAAGGGCAAAAGGUCUCACGCCAAAAGAAAUGCUGGCUGCCACACUGCGGUUUCUUGCGGAGGGCAGUUACCAAAACGGAACCGGGAAAGAUUUCAAUGUAGCAAUUGCACAACCAACUUUUUCUGUGGCAUUUACCAAGUGCUUAAAAAUUUUGGAAGAAACGUUGGCGCACAAAUAUGUACAUUGCAUUGGAAAUGGAUCCAAGUGAGCAGCAAGACGCCCGACGAUAUUUUUUUCCCGAAGUGGCAUCCCUGUUGUUGUGAUGUGUGUUGAUGGUACACACAUCAAAAUUAUUGCACCGGUGGAAAGUAGGGAUCAACAUUUCAAUCGUAAGGGCUACUACAGCUUAAUCGUGAUGAUUGUUUGUGACCAUCUGAUGAAAAUUCGAUACGUUAAUGCGAAAUACGCCGGAGCCAAUCACGACUCGCAUGUUUGGAGUGUGUGUGGCAUAGAUGAGUUUUUCGCUGAAAAACAUUACCGUGGAGAAGCUGGUUUUCAAGUAUUAGCCGACGCUGCUUACCCAUCAAAGCCAUGGUUAGUUACACCAAAACGUAACGCUACUCCAGACACACCAGAGGCUGCAUUCAACAAAAACCAUGCAAGGGACAGGGAAAUAGUGGAGCGUACAAUCGGUUUGCUGAAAAACAGAUUUCGAUGCUUGUUAGGUGCUCGACAGCUGCAUUACACACCCAUAAAAGCAGCUCAAAUCACAAACGUAUGUUGUGCUUUACACAACAUGUGUAUUGCGCAUAACUUAGAUGGUGAACCAAGUGAAUAAACAUAAAAUAAAUUGAACAAAACACAAUAAGUAUUCUUUAGAGUAUCUAUAUUAUUAUUACAAUCGUUGCGUAAUCCACAGUUUAGUUCACAUCAGUUCAGUUCUUAAAAAAUUCAUGAAACCUUAAUUCUAAAUCACUACGGACUAAUUAAA